AUGGAGUCCCCAGUUACGUCGAAUUCGCCCAGCAAAAGCUUAACCCUUGAUAAGAUCCAAGUUUUGAAUUUGUUUAAGCUGUUUGAUAAUCUGCCCUUCGACCCAAAGAGCGAAAAUGAGACAUGGUAUAUCGUGAACAAAGAAUUCAUAGACAGCCUGAAGAACUACGAAGAAGGGAAGGCCAGUCGGUACCAAACUCUGAUCAACAACAAAAUAUUUGUGGAGGACGCCAGUAACGUUACCACCAGGACCAGGCUCCUAAAGGAUUACGAAAAUGGCAACGGAGUCAACUUCCUCCUCUAUCCGGAGAAGGCCAUAGAAGUGUUGGAAAAGCAUUUUCACUUUAACCUAAAAAUCCCCAGGGCGGUUUACCCCUAUAAGGUUCCCAAGAGGGAGAGGAUAAUUUAUAAGGUUGACAUCCAGCCACUGAAAAUUGUGGUGUACUCAAAAAACCCGAACGAGUUCAGCAGCCCGUCCAAGAUGAAGAUCGUCGUCCUGCGGAACGACACGGUGGAGGACGUCCUGAAGGAGAUCAUCACCGACUUCAACCCGGCGUGCUUCAAGAAGAACCUAUUCUACGCAGAAGAAAUGAGCGGCAAGAGGGAGUACAACUGGGAGCGUCUGUACCUGCACGAUUCGACGGAGUAUCCCCUGAAGAAAAAGAUCCACGAAUAUGACAUCGAUGAGAGGACCUGUUUGUUAAUAACAAAUGAGCGAGCGGACAUAAAAUGUCUGACGAAUGAGAGUGACUAUGGGUAUACACGGCGGGAGGCGAGUUUUAGGAGGUCGGAGAAGGAGGAGGAUUGUAUGAGGGGCUACUCCAGUGGACGCACCGGAGGGUACGGUAGUACUACCCACGCCCAGGGAUACACACACGGAUAUUCCCAAGAAAGCAUGGUCAAGCAGAUAGGCUAUAUAUUCGAGCACGGGGGGGACCGAGGUUUGAUCAACCUGGGGAAUACCUGCUUCUUGAAUUCCUCCCUGCAGUGCCUUGCGAAGAUAAAAAAAUUUUCCAAUUAUUUCCUAAGUGGAACGUUUUGGAAUCACAUAAACUACUCGAACCCAGUGGGUCAAAAUGGACGACUAGCCAAAGCGUACUACGAAACGUUGCUUGAGCUUUGGAAGAUAGGUAAGAGAAGCGAACCGUACGCACCAAAGGCAUUAAAACAAGCCAUAAGUGAAAAGAGGGAUGAGUUCUACGGGUACCAACAACACGAUUCACAAGAAUUGUUAGCCUUCCUUUUGGAUGGGCUCCAUGAAGAUUUGAACCUAAUACAGAAGAAGCCCUACUACGAGGAAAAACUACAAGGAGGGUUAGACAAACUGGAUAUUGACGUAGCGGAAGCAUCUUGGAAUAGACACAAAGAAAUUAACAACUCUAUCAUAGUGGACCUGUUCCAGGGACAGUACAGAUCUCGCUUACAAUGCCCCAAGUGUAAAAAAGUUAGCAUAGCAUUCGACCCGUUUAUGUAUUUGUCAGUCCCCUUACCUCCCAAAAAGAACCACCGCAUUUGGUUUCACGUUAUCCUAAAUAGGGACGUACCAAUUGGCAUGAGAUUUUCCUGCUCCUUCAGUGGUUCACAGGAGGUACUAAAAUUGAAAAUUUUCUUUCUCACGAUAAUAAAAAAUUUAAAAGUGAAAAGGAAAAAUAUCCUACUUCAUAAUAAGUGUAUAAUAAAAAAUAGCAAAGAGACUUCCCAUGAGGGAAGAAGUAACCACGCCAAUGUACCUAUGUCCAGUAGCAGUGGUAGCAGCUGUGGUGGUGGGACGGGAGACACCACCAGCAGUAGUGCCUUCAAUUUUCAUUACAAAUAUUUGGAUGACAAAAAUGAAUUCUACGAAGAUAAUGAGGACAACUGCACUAAUGCGGAUAUUGCGAAUUACGUGAGGGCUAUAAAAAAUAAAAGUAAAAUAACAAGCACGUUGAAGGAACAAGAUAUCUCCACCGUCCAUGAAAGCAUCUGUGCCAUGUGUAACAUUCAAUCUAUUGAAGAAUUAGACAUUAAUAAUUUGAGCUUUCUUUCUACAAAAUUUAAAAAUCUUGCUUGUAAUCAAUUUUUUCAAGUCUUAAAUAAUUCUGAUUUUGUUACCGAACCGCAUACAAGAAAUGGAAAAGGCAUCAGCCACAUUUUUGUUUUUAUCCUCCCCAAGUUAUAUUCCCACCUGAUCGAUAAAAACAUGGAUGCCAAUGUUGCUGAUGAAAAUUUGGAGGUGCUUACCAACUCCACCGUCACCACAAACAACACCAGUCUCAGGGAUGAAGAGAUGAACGUAAAGAACGAAACGAAUAGUAUUAAUAAUAAUAAUAGUACGGUUGAGAAGAAAUCCUUGAAAGAGAAGAACAACCACUCUAGCAAGAUUCUUAAAAAGAGGAAGGGUCUGCUCGGUUCCCCCAACAGUAAUGGUAGCCCUAUUCGCAAGGGAGAGAAAAUGCACCCUUUCGGAGCCGAGGAGGACGAAGACGACGAGGUCACUUCGGGCACUGCACCCCCAGGGGGAUUGAAUGGUAACUCUGGCGGAAAUGCUAACAGCAGCGGAGGAGAACCCUACGACGAAGCAAUGGAAGAGUCAAACGAUGUUAACACGCAGGAGAGUUGCUCAGAGGUAGCCCUACAUGAUUCCCCUGGAAUGAACAGAAGCAGAACGAACUGCGAGCAACACAUAUCCUACAAUGAACUCCUUAGAGAUCGAAUUAUGUUUACCCAAGAUGUAUACAACCUGCACGACAAGUACUUCUCCCUCCUAAUUGUACCCCUAUGCAAAGAUGAGCAGCUUUUUUACAAAAUGAAAAAUAAUGACUUGCCCCUCCUGUUUAAUGUCCCUUUCAAUUUUACCCUCAAUGACCUGUACGGCAAGGUAGAAAAUGCCUACCGGAAGGGACCUGCGGGGAGUACGGUACCCAGGGGAACUACCAACACUUCCAAUAGGAACAGUAAUCAAGCAGACUACAACAAUCCUUAUGGAGAACUCUACGCACAUAACGGUAAUGCAAAAAUUGGAGGAGAGGAGGAAAGUGCAAAGAAGGAUAGCAUGUCCAGUAGCGACGUGGCGAAUAAGGCCGUCACAAGUGAGUACGACCGGCUGUUGGAGGAACAGGGAGACCCAAGGGAUGUUCACGGGGGGGACAACUGUGUCAGCAAGUUCACUCUGCAUCUGCCCUGCUACAACCUGAAGGAGGAGUGGACGCCCAAGGAUAACCUCGGGCUCGAGCUCAAAAGAGACGAAACCUACCUCUCAGAUUACAUAAAAAAUUCAGAAGAAAAGCGACUCAUAAUUAUACACCUUAACAGCGUGGACAUAGAUUAUGAGUUGUCCCUGGACAUAAAAACCAUCACCUUUGUGGACUUGGAGGAACGAUACGGCAUUGAUACCUGUUUGAAAUUAUUCUCAGAGGAGGAGCACCUGGACGAGAAUAACACCUGGUACUGUGGUAAUUGCAAGCUCCACGUACAAGCUUAUAAAAAGCUGGACCUUUUCCGAAUGCCAAUUAUCCUCAUUCUACACUUAAAAAGAUUUAACAACACGAAUAGGUGGCUGAGGACAAAGAUUGAUUCCUAUGUCUACUACCCUCAUAAAGAAAAUGAGUACUUAAAUAUGACCCCCUACAUCCUGGAGGACGGUUUAAAACACAUGACAAAAAUGGAUCCUCAUUACUCUCCUUUGUAUGAGCUAAUUGGGGUUAACUGCCACACGGGUGGUCUCUGUGGGGGCCACUACUUCGCCUACGUCAAGCUCAAUGGCCAGUGGUACAACUUCAAUGAUACCUUCGUAACCAUCAUUGAGGAAUCGCAGGUUAAUACGAAAAAUGCCUACCUGCUGUUUUACCAGCUGCAUACUCACAAGAACGAGACCUUCACGGGCGUGGCGGAGCAGAGGAACUUGGCCGAGGAGGAGGCCAUUCGUAUGGCCAACGCGAGUUACUACAAUUAG